AUGUCGGGUGCAGUGGGCCGCGAGCCAGUCUUCCCAACCCGCCAGUCGCUGGGGUUGAUGAAGAGUAAGCUGAAGGGUGCGGAGACCGGUCACAGCUUAUUGAAAAGAAAGAGCGAAGCCCUUACGAAGCGUUUCCGGGAGAUCACCCGACGCAUCGAUGAAGCGAAACAGAAGAUGGGACGGGUUAUGCAGAUCGCUGCAUUCUCCCUGGCCGAAGUGAGCUACGCUGUUGGAGGAGAUAUCGGCUACCAAGUUCAAGAAUCAGCCAAGCAAGCACGAUUUCGUGUGCGGGCCAAACAAGAGAAUGUCUCAGGUGUUUUCCUGCCGCAGUUUGAGAGCUACACAGAGGAAGGGAUCAAUGACUUUGGCUUGACGGGUCUCGGAAAGGGUGGCCAACAGGUCCAGCGGUGUCGGGAGACAUAUGCUCGAGCGGUGGAGACAUUAGUGGAACUUGCGAACGAGGUUAUCAAAGUUGUCAAUCGACGAGUGAGCACGUCAUUAUCCCUCGAACCGAGAACACUAUCAAAUAGGAGUUCUACCGAUUGA